AUGGCCUCCUCCGGCCAACCGUUCGGGUCGCGCUCCUACAACACAGGCAAGCUGCCUGACCGAUCAUUGAAUCAGAACACGAUCCCAUUCAGCGCUUCCUCAUUUACUCGACGCGGACUAGGCGCCGCCCAGAGUGACUUUGUACCCGACGCCGCGAAAUCAGCCCAGCAACCUCCUCAGCAACAAGUACAUGCGCAGACACAUAACCCCACACAAGAGAACUCAUUAAACCGAUUGACGGAAGAGCAGCGCGAGGAGAUUAACGAGGCUUUCACCCUCUUCGAUCUCGAUCGCGACCGCCAUCUAGACUACCAUGAGCUCCGAGUUGCAUUCCGCGCCCUCGGCUUCACCCUUCCGAAACAAGAACUCAUCUCCCUCUUAACGACGUAUGGUGUCCCCCGCCCACAGGUCCAACAGCAGGCCGCAGCGCAACAGUCUCAACAACAGCCGAAAGCCGCUCCCACGACGAACCCCCAGCACCCGUCCAACCUGCUUAUGCCGCUAUCUGCGUUCCAAGCGGUGACCGCUGUGAAGAUCCUUGAGCGAGACCCGCGGGACGAGAUACUCCGUGCGUUUGAGCUCUUCGAUGAGGGCGGGAAAGGGUACAUUGACCUCGAGGACCUGCGUCGUGUAGCGCGGGAGCUGGGCGAGACUGGACUGGAAGAGGAGGAACUGCGUGCUAUGAUUGAAGAGUUUGAUCUCGAGGGGGUUGGUGGUGUGACGAGGGAGGCUUUUGUGAGUAUUUGUUGGCAGUGA